UUUUUUUGUGAACGCGUCCGGCGGCAGAUUUUGAACGGAAGAACUUCUGAAGACUUUACUAGUUUCACUCAUUUUUUUCUGGUUUGCUUGAACCGCUGACAUCGCUGUCAGCAUAAUGACGGCACUCAUUGGUCGGAGGCAUUUGCAUAGUGAUGCCCCUGGAUCAGCCUACUUCCCAACCAAGCCAGGCCAGAAUUCAAGGCAGUCAUACGAAGGGCAGCCGAGGUCAGACGCGGUUCCCCUCAACUUCCCUGCUACCAAAGACAUCCUGUGGGACAGAACACCAACUGGAGAGCCAACAGUGUUACAUAUCAUAAAAUACAGAAACAUCAGUCUACACAUCUUGGAGAAGUCGGUGCAACUAGCCUAUCGCCAUGCUCUGCAAGAGAAAAGCCUUCCUUAUAGAUGCUUCUUAAUUGGCUCAGUGAUCUCUGACAAGGAUGAGGAAGGAGUGACCAUUGCUGUUGACCGCUUUGAUCCUGGUCAGGAUGUCCCCGGCCGGUCCGGUCGCAUGCCCACAGCCAGACUGCCUGGCGAUCAUGUGAUUCCCCUAACCCUAUCAAGCAGCCAUGACAAAGCAGCCACUACUCACAGCACGGAAGACUUCAAAGCUACCUUCAAGUUUUUGGAGCACAGCUGUAGCAGUCGCGACACACCAGACAUCGGUAAUUUCCUCUCCCUGCGCAUCCAGUGCUGCUGUUAUGAUAGUGCCGACGAUAUGACCUUUAACCUCCACAUUGGGGCAAUCACCAUGGGCAACGUCUUGGAGGCCACACCCAUCAAUCCCCUCCCUAUCAUACCCACCGCCCUGGCAAGAAACCUAACAGGGCCCCUCAACCUGAGCGAGAUUCAGGGCUGUCCAAAGGCUGGGUACAUCACCAUGGAUCAAACACGCAAGCUUCUACUUCUGCUGGAGUCAGAUCCUAAAGCCUGCACUCUGCCGUUGAUUGGAAUAUGGGUGAGUGGGCUUAGUAACAUCUGCAGUCCCAACGUUUGGGCAAGUUCUCUGCGAUAUAUAUUCAACAGCAGUAUCAGUGAACGAGUAUGCACAGGGGACCAAGGAUUUCUGCUGGUCAUGUUCUCUCCAACAAAUCGUCAACCAGCUUUCUAUGAAUGUCGCAGCCUCAGUGGUGACAGGCCCGUCUUUGAGUUGGUUGGCUGCCGAGAAAAUAUCCAUUUCUACAAACACACUGACCACACAUCACGCACCCCAGUCCAGCUAGAGCUGACCACAGCCAGGGACGGCCCCAACCGGGCUGCCUUCAUUGAGGCAGCUCAACAAUUCACACCUGCCUGUUCCAGUCAAGCCAUACAAACCAAGCCGCAUCCUAAGCCGACACCCAUUCCGAGCACCUACAUGGUCACAGCAUCAGAGGAGGAUGCACAUAUGAUGCCCAGACCAAGCCCCAAGCCUCUCAUUGACAAGAGCCCAACUGUGAAACCAAGCGUGCCGGAGCUGUCUGUGAUCUUUGACAGCUUCAUCGCGGAUCAGCAAGAAUUGGGUCAGCCUCCCCACCCCCAAGAACUGGUGGACCCCCCAGCCCCCUUGGGUGAGGUCAUCCCUCAAGAAGAGCUGCCAGAAGGUUACAGAAAUCCCAGACACCAAGUGGCAGGUGAUGUUCAGGCUGCACAAGAAAAUUACCCGUUUGGAAUUGGGUCAAACGGUCAAGAGGGUCUCAUCGGACGAGGGAUGAAAGUGGGUCAUUCAGGUGCUCCAGCUGGCAGAUCAGGCCCAUUGAAACCUGUCAACACUAACCUGGCUCGUGAUGGGGAGAAAUCCUUACUGUCAAAUCCUCACAAUCCACAAGGUAAAAUCGAGCCAUCCCGACCUGGCAUGAAGCCAACAGUAACCCCUUCCUUGGCUCAAAAUGGAAGAAUCCAACAGCCACGGGCUAAGCCCCAUGGACCAGCACCACCCAAAGUACGACAGACUAAUCAGGUGCUUCAUGGUGAUUCCACCCCUCGUAGGAAGCCUCCAAGACCCACAUCCAGGAAGAGUGAGGUCCUGCAGCGUACUUUGCCCUCAAAGGUCGGGGGUCAUCAGACUGUUCCACCACAAAAACAGGGUUGUCCACCUCCACGACGGAUGUCUUACCCGGUGCCAGCGUCAUCAUCCCAGAUGAACCAUCACUCCAAUGGUCCAGUUCCCCGUCCCCAUCCAGUACAGAGUCGUCAGGCUUCGCAAUCCACCGAAUCCCAGGCUCGAAGAGGACCCCACCUCCGACAUCCAUCGUCUCAUCAAACUUCAGGAGUCCCCCCACAAGAUCCAAGCUCAGGAACAGUAGAUCACCGUAGUCCAAACCCCUCAGAUAAUCUUCCAAACAACAGGCCCUUGUUAACGGAUUCUAAAGUCUCCCCAACCCUCAUAACUACCUCCGGCCACACUGCCUCCCAUUUGAUAUCUGCCACUCCGAAGAUUUCGUCUGGUUUGUCAGGCAGCUCGCCCAUCAACCAUUCUUAUCCAAUUACCACGUUAACCUGCACAGCAAGCACCCUCAAUAAUGUUCCCUAUGAAGGUCAUAAUGCUCAGAGAAGUUCCUCCAUGCCAAAUCCUCAUCCAGUUCCUCCUCCACAUGGUCCCAGGCAUACUGCAGUUGGUACUCCGCCAAUAUUAACUGGUACCCCCCAGGCAUCUCAUGCAGUUCCCUACCCAAAUCAGGCAGAGUCUUCACCUACCAGUGUAGUUGGUUCCCACCCCUCUAACAUGGUAGUUUCCUCACCCAGUGCUAUACCAAACAACACCUUACCUGGACAUCAAGGACCACCACUGAUAUCUACAGGACAUGCCUCGGAGGGUGCCAACAGGAAGGAUAUUCCACCUGACGCACUCCCUCCCUCUGGACCAACACAGGAAGUGCAUCAACAGCCACUGGUAGGCCAGGACAUGCAAGGUGCACGUGGAGACUGGGACACAGGGGGUGGGAAUGUAGACAACGACACCUUGGCACAACUGAAGAGGCAAGAGCAGUUGAUUCAACAGCUUCAGGCGCAGAUUCAGUUGUUACUGCAGGCCCGGGCUACUCAGUCCGUUCCACCUAUCCCCAGUGGGCUGAUGACACCCCCUGCAACGCCCACCUCUCCAGCAGCCAACAAUCUGCCCCUGGCCACACCCACACCCAAACUUCCACACAGUCCCCAUCCCAAUCAGGUCACGCCCACUUCCUCAGUCAUUACCGGGCAAGGAGUGGUCACACCAGUGGUGCAGCCUCUUGUGACCGCCACUGUCUCCACCGCCCACUCCAUUUCAACAGACACUGGUCAUGCUCCUCCCCUUCCAAAGACAACGUGCAGCACGGCCGUCAUGACUGGCAAAAGUCUCCUGUGGCCAGAUCCGACUGGUCCCCCCGUCAAAGGCAGCAUUUCCGUAGCCACAAGCAUAACGCCACAGUCAAGCCCGAACAAAGGCUCAAUGAAACCAACCCAUUCUGCCACCAACUGCCCUGUGACCCCUGACUUCGAGUUGACCCCCGAGAGUGACUCAGAAAUGACCUUACCCUUGCAACAGACCAGAGAUGAGACACAAAGCACAAUGUUUGAUGUGAGCGCUGUGGAUCUACAAAGUUUCACAGAAGAAGGUUCUCCAAGACAAACCUCAUCCCCAACAAUUAGCCCCAAGUGGCUGCCUAGCAGAGAAGGUGACACGUUGCAGCCCAUACACCCACAGACAACCCAGGGGGCAUUCCCUAUGGACAACCUGCAGAGCCCCGUGCUAGGCGAGAGUGCCAGUAUCUGCUCCCCACAGGGGAGGGGAUGGCAACCUCCCGAUGGCACUGACAUAGAGGACGGUAGUAGCAGUGACGAUGACGACGGUGGAAGCCCUGAAGUGGGUGAUGCCACUGAUGAGGAGGAGGCGUCGGAAUCAGACGGAGAACAUAAGACCAGAUCAGCUGACCAGCCCGUCAGUUUGCUAUAUAGGGAUGAGAGAAAAUUCUACCAAAAUCUCUUGGGAAAAGUUGAACGGAUGCUGACCGAACAAACAAAGGGUGGGGUUGAUGGGAGCCACGGCAACACCUUGACAACUCCGGAGAAGCAAAGACAGAUGGGAUUGCCGGCAUCAGAAGGUCAUUCUGAAAUGACAGCCGACUGCUCAGUCACGUACAGAUCCAUGUGUAUGGUCAACUCUGAAUUUUUUCCCCGCAUCAACUACGUGUCCCUGAUGGACAUGCACCUGGACUCCCCCAACCUGAGCUAUGAAGCCAACGCCAUCGCUAUGAAGUACCUGACCGAGGAGGAAUUGACCCAGUUGUCAGCUGGGUUCAAAGGUCAGGCCACCUCCCUGGCCAAGGUCAACCCCCUGCUGCGCACUGCCCUGACGGGGCUGGGUGACAUGGAUGGGGCCAAUGGUGUCUCUGCCGUGGAUCUCUCCAUGGCCAGCCGCAAGUACAUGGAGAAGUACAACCUACUGGAUACACCUGCCAAGAAGCCGGGCCAUGCCCGGACUCUCGGGUUUGACACUAUUGACGAAACCCCAGCUCAAAAAUUCUUCACCAAGAAGACUCUGCAAGAAGGCCAAGUUGUAUCUGGUAAGAAACGCCGGGUUAAGAAACCCAGGAAGGUGCUGAACACAGAUGCCCCAGUGGUGACGGAAGGGGGGCCUUAUCAAGGCCAGACCCUGACCAAAGCCUCAGAGCCCCUCCAGGAAGGCGGAGUAAGAAUAUCUUCCGAGCAGAGAACAACUCAUGAUGGAACUGAUGCAAAGUCGACUGAGAAGUCAUCCGGAAAAGUUCCGCCUCCGAAGCCACCUCGCCAGAGCCCAGCCAGUCAUGCCCCAUCAAGACCUUGGGGACAAACCAAACCAGAGACGGGCAAGGCAGAGGGUCAGAACAACCCAGCAAAUGCCAGACACGAACCUGGGGACAUCAGGCCCCAGACGUCUGAUCGAACCACUCAAGAGAAAUCCGGCAGCACCAUCCUGGACAUUGAGAGGUUGAAACAGCUUCCCAAGCUCUUUUAAGUCCUUGUUUCACACCUCUGGCCCUGCAAUCGGUUGAUAGCUGGAGGUAACACCAUUCUGUGAAGACUGUGUUGACACAGGAAAGGUAUGGAAUAGUUUGCUUUAAUAUAAGAUGGUUGUUUGAAAGUAAUACAUUCCUCGGUGUCACUGUGAUGUAAAGGACAACUUGAUGUGAAAGAUGAUAUAACAAGUGGUGGUCAUCUAAGAAGGGGGGGGGGGUUAUUUUCUGUUAUAUCGAAAAAAGGUGUCAGCCAGGGAGGGGGCUUUCGAAACUUGAUAGAUUUUUGACAUCCUGAUUUUUAAAGAAAACUGUGGGAAAAUGUUGGUUAGUCUGGCAAAGCAGUGGGAAGAAUGGAAAGAAAUUUUAAGACACGUGGAAAAUGAUUGGUAAAGGGACAUGCAUUUUAAAAGGUGAAGCUUUGAGGAAUUUCGGCAGCCAGCUGCGUAGCUCCCUUCCAGGCAAACCUUGUUGCUAGCGUUUUUGAAAUCGGAUUGUUUAAUGUAGUAUUGUCAUGACGUACAUCUGUGAUGCUAGUUGAAUGUUUUUUUUUCGGUAAAAUUGUGACAAUUUUGUACAUAGAUACAAUCAGUAAUAUACAUCUGAAUGUUGUGUGUUCAUUUAUUCUUAUUUGACAGUACACAAUAUCAGAAAUUCUUCAAGAUUGGCGUUUUACGUUUGUAAAUAAUAGAGUAUAUAUUUGAAGUGCUUUUUACAUGUAUAAGAGUGAUUAAAUAUUGAAGAAAUAGUAUCUCUGAGCAUUU